AUGUGUGUGUUGUGUGAGUGUCUGUGUUGUGAGAGAGGACAGACAGAUGCUUUGCCAGUAAUUUCCCCGGUGCACCGAUGCGCUCAUUGGUGCAUCCCUCCAACGUGUCACCAGUUUUGGUGGAUUACCCCAGAUAUCUUCACCAUCAGGAGAGUGAAACACCACUCCGUUUUCUCAUCUCCUGCCUUCACGGUACCCAGCUGCCAGCGAGGACCUCUGAAAACAUUUUGGAAACUUCUGCCUUCCAAAGACAACUCGCAAGCGAAAGGAUUUGAAGAUCUUUAUUGGUUGUUUACGCACCCCAAGUGCAAGAAAAUGCAUCUUUUUACUUCUGAGGCAAAGAUGACGUCGCCUUUGCCAUUCUCAACGUUUCUCUUUUUGGCACCCUUGCUGCUCAAGGGUCUCUGGGUCAGCGGCUCCCCGGGCUGCCCGUCUUGUGGCUUGCCGGCGAUGGAGAAAGGCGCAGAAGAAAGGGUGAUGAUAGAGUUCGCCAAGCAGCAACUUUUGGAAAAGCUGCACCUGAAAGAAAGACCAAACAUCACGCAAACGGUGCCCCGGGCAGCGCUUCUCACUGCGCUGCGCAAACUGCACUCGGGGCGCGUCAGACAGGAUGGCACCCUAGAACUAGAAAACAAAAUACCAACUAAAGAUCAAGGCUAUGAAAUAGUGAGCUUUGCAGAUAUAAAUGAGACCGAGAGCAGCGACAAGGCAAGCCUUAGCCUCACCUUCCAGUUCCUGCAGGAACAUGGGCAAAGUAUCCAGGUCCUCCAGUCCUCUCUGUGGAUCUAUGCCAGGUCCUCUGAGGACCCUCACCGAGAUUCCCGUCUCCUUGCCCGGGUCUUCCUGUCCGCAGAUGGUGGCUUCUCAGGCUCUAAUCGCACCCUGGUGAUGGAAAAGAUGCUUGAGGUUCAGGAGAGCAAUUGGCACACUUUCCCCAUCACCCACACCCUGCAGUCCUUUUUAGAUGGGGGCCAGCGUCGGCUACGUCUGGAGGUCAGCUGCGAAGAAGACGGCAAGAACCUCUGCUCCUUGGACGGUUCUUCUGACGCCUCCCACCAGCCCUUCCUCGUGGCCCAGGUGCGCCUCCGUGAAGACCAGUCCAAAGUGUUACGCAGGAAGCGCUCGCUGCGUUGCGGGGAAGAAGUCACCGUGUGCUGCAAGAGAGACUUCUAUAUCAAGUUCAAGGACAUCCAGUGGGAUGAGUGGAUCAUUGCACCUGAAGGCUACCACAUGAAUUACUGCAUGGGUCAGUGCUCCCCACAUCUCGCUGGUUCCCCGGGCAUCGCAUCCUCAUUCCACGCCACCGUCUUCAGCCAGCUCAAAGUCAACGGCAUUAACACGGCCACGGCUUCGUGCUGCGUUCCCACUGAGCGCCGACCACUCUCCAUGGUCUACUUCAACUCUCAGCACAGCAUUGUCAAAACAGACGUGCCCGACAUGAUUGUGGAGUCUUGCGGAUGCACAUAAAGGACAGAGUAUGGACAGGGUAUAGUUAUCCGUUUAGUUUUAUGCAGCUUGUAGACAGGCAGACGUAAAGAAACACACACAUGAACGGUCGAGGCAUAGGUCUAGCUUUGGACAAGCAGAAGCUACAAAAUGAGAAAUGCAAAAAGCUACAUCUUUGGCAAUACAGAUACCAAAUGUUUAAUUUCUUAUCUAAGAUGUGACUAAUACUUGUUUGAACAAAAAGAAGCGACACAUUUACACAUGUUGUUUCAAAAUGACGUAUAGGUUCGGGAAAAUUACUGCAGGCACAGAGAGAAUAGAGAUUUAAAAGAACUAUUUAAUUAUAAAAUCUUAUAGUAAGUUAUGUGUAGUUUUUGAAUAGCAGGUUGUUGAUGAAAGUCAACACAUUUCAGUGCCUAGAAGUGAGUGAACCUGAAUAAGUGUACAUACUUAGUCUGAAUGCAGACGCAUUUCUUCAUCCAUAUGUCAGAGGCAUACCUGGAGGAGAGGAUGGAAAGCAACCGUAAGAUUCAACCCAGAUGAGGAAGUUGCAAUUUCUAAUUCAAAACCUUUACAGGGGUGACAUGUAGAUCAGGCCAGGGUGGAAUAUUUUAAGAAACGCUUAAACCUUUUCAUUGUCGUAUAAAUUAAUUUGAACUUUUGUAACAGUAUUUUUUCUCAACGGAUGCUGCCAAGAUUUGGUUCAAAGAAGAAGUAAAAUGUUUUAGGGAGCACAAGAGAUUGUGAGCAAAGUAUACACCACUUAGCCACGUUUCCAGUAUGUGUGACGUUAUGGUCACAGUGUCCACAUGCAAUGUACAGAAUCUAACCAUUUACUUUUACAGAACUUUUAUAUUAUAUAUGCUGCCAUUUUAAAACAAUGAAAGAGAUUUCGAUUCAGAGUGUGCCUUCUUCACAACUUGAAGACUGAGUUCCAAGUCGUUCUGACGAAGAGAUGUCUAAAUAAAGUGUUUCUGUUUAUCCAUGUUAGUUUAAUCUUACCACUUUGUUUUUUUUUUUGUUUUUUUUUACAUUAAUGGCUUUUUAUGUGGACCUGUGAUUUAACGUUUUCCUUACGCUCACCAACCAUUUCUGUCAUAUUGUGCAUUAUUCUUUGUUACAGUGCAAGUACACGCUGACUGAAAGGGUUUGAGCUGGUACAAUCUGCCCCAAGUCCAACCAAUGCUGCACGCAGCUGAAAUAUGUUCAAUCAGCAUCUCCACUGUAUUAUUUACACACGUCGGCUAAUCUGUUGGGUAACUGUGGCUCUGACAGCAUAUGAACCUUAGGUCAUUUCGCAGCAGUGUGAGCAAACAUUUAGCUAUUGCUUCAGUGUCAGGUAAUGUGAAGGUCUUUGAGGAUGUUGGGUCAAUGAGCAUGUGCCGUUGCACGUUGGCAUUUAUAGCUCUCAAAGUCUAAAGUUUUCCCAGGUGAUUUAAAAUUAGCCGCUUUCCAGUCAGCGUGGUACCUGUUAUCUGUAUCUUCCUGGCGUCUAAUUAGCCCUGGUUUAUAACUGUACGAUUCAUAUUUGGUUUGUGUGUGAUGUAAAGCGGGAUGUGCAUGUUGCAAAAAAUACCAGAGGGAGAAUAUUUAAAAUCACUUGAUUUGAAGUGUGAUGCUGGUGAGAAAGUCUUCAAAAAGAAGAACGUGAGUAUUGACUCAUGGCUGGGAAACGUGAAAAAAGUGGUGCGACUGCUCUCAAAACAAAAAGUGGUAAAUCCCUAAUGGAAAAAGAUUCUCAUUUUCAACUUUGAACUUGGCAGCGGUGCAAGUGAGCCCAAGACUGACAUCUGUCAGCACUUGCCUUUUAUGUUACUAAAUAUUAUACAGUAGGAGAAUUUAAUGUAUACAUAUUAUAACAUACUGCACUGCAAGCACCAAAGCAUUCAGUAUAGAGUGGAAACCCAGGCCUUGUCUACAACUCGCCUAUAUUUACCCUAAGCAGUGUAAAGGUCAGCGUUUGUCCUCACUGUGUUGGUAAGCUGCAUGUCUUAAGGACUUAGAUUGUACUGCCGGGAUACGCAGGAAGCAUGUUCACGCAGUACAACAGGGCAUUUUGCCCAAAGAAGCAACGCGUUAUCUUCCGACUGCCCUCAAGUAGUUUUCACUUCUCUCUGCUGCCUCUGAAAUCUGCACUAAUGCAUUAGAAUAACACAAAUUUUAAUGCUGGAAUUUACUGAGCAUUGUAUCUCUCUCGUAAGCACUUCCUGUCUCAGGACUCAAUGUGACAUUGAGGUGCCAUUUUAACAUAACUUACUAAGCACUUUAUCACCCUACUGUAUUUUUUUUUUUUUUUUUUUUUUUUAGAGCAAAUUUU